AUGACGAGGAUAGAGGUUAUACCUGGAGAUGGAGGUAUUGAUAUACGUGGAUAUUAUAGAAACAUGCCUGUUGAAGUGCAAUGUAAAAAUUAUGAAAGUGUUGGUAUUAAUGCACUUCGUGUACUCGAAAAUGUGCUAGGAAACUGUCAUCCAGAUUCUAUUGACAAUUUG